AUGUCCGCCAUGGGGAUUUCUCCCACGGCAGUUGCACGAAAAAAAAAAAAGGUUCGCCUUUACGUUCUUCUUUUUUUCUUUUAUCUCUCUCUCUCUCUCUCUCUCACACACACGCCCCCUCUUCAUUUUCUAUUAUUUAAUUUAUUCUUUUUCUUCUCUUUGACCUCAGAUAUAAUUGUUCUUUUUUGCUCUAAGAUUUCUCUCUUAUUCAAUGACUGUUUCUGUCCCACCUUUCCUUCUCUCUCAUUCCCCUCUCUCUCUCUCUCUCUCAUUCCCCUCUCUCUCUCUCAUUCCCUCUCUCUCUCUCUCUCUCUUCCCCUCUCUCUCUCUCUCAUUCCCCUCUCUCUCUCUCUCAUUCCCCUCUCUCUCUCUCUCAUUCCCCUCUCUCUCUCUCUCAUUCCCCUCUCUCUCUCAUUCCCCCUCUCUCUCUCUCAUUCCCCCUCUCUCUCUCAUUCCCCUUCAGACAUAACUGUUCUUUUUAUUUCACUUAUUUUCUGA